AACCCCUGCUCAGUGGGGCAAACCCCAAAAAAUACACACACAAAUUCUCACACUCAGAUUAUCAUCAUCUUCAUUUCCACUUCUCCACCAACCAAUGCAAGCAGCACUGGCGGCCAUGGCAGCCCACUCUGUGAUACUCUCAGUCUACUCAUCCCCCACUCUCUUCGCCUCAAUUCAAACCCCUAACCCCCACCCAACUCUCCACUCCUCCUUCCAUGGCGUCUCUCUCAAGCUCCCCAUCAAAUCCCAAUCCAUGUCUCUCGCCGCCGCCGCCCCCAAGACCCUCACCGUCGUCGCCGCCACCAAGAAGGCCGUCGCCGUUCUCAAGGGCACUUCAACCGUCGAAGGCGUCGCCACCUUGACCCAAGAAGAUGACGGUCCUACAACUGUGAAUGUUCGUAUUACUGGACUUGCACCUGGGCCUCAUGGGUUCCACUUGCAUGAGUUUGGUGACACGACAAAUGGAUGCAUUUCCACAGGACCACAUUUCAAUCCUAAAAACUUGACUCAUGGAGCUCCUGAGGAUGAAGUCCGUCAUGCGGGUGACCUGGGAAACAUAAUUGCUAAUGCUGAUGGAGUGGCAGAGGCAACAAUCAUGGAUAGCCAGAUACCAUUAACUGGUCCUAAUGCUGUAAUUGGAAGAGCCUUGGUGGUUCAUGAACUUGAGGAUGACCUUGGAAAGGGUGGACAUGAACUUAGUCUAAGCACUGGCAAUGCAGGUGGACGAUUGGCAUGUGGUGUGGUUGGUCUGACUCCAGUGUAAGAACGACUUUUGAAAGCAGUUUGGCAUGUUGAAUUGGCUGCUGCUAUUGCAAAAAUUUCUCAUAUAGAGCUUUAAUCUAUUGAGGGUGUAAUGUAAUGUAGACAUGGUAGUCAUUACAUUUAUGGAAUAUUUUUAUCUCAAUAAAGUUCAGUUUCGUUGCACUGCCAUCGAAUUAUGAAA